GAGGACGGCGACCUGGUGCAGCUUCGAUUCGUGUACGUAGACGAGGUGGACUGCAUCGGCUGCACCUAUUGCGCCGGCGUGGCGCGAAACACCUUCUUCAUGGAGGAGGAGGCUGGGCGGGCGCGCGCCUUUCUGCAGGGCGGAGACGACCCGGAGGCGAGCGCGAGCGCAAUCGAGUGCUGUCCCGUCAACUGCAUCAACUACGUCGACUAUGAGAACCUGGAGAUCCUCGAAAAG